GACCUCUUAUGACCCGGAAGCUGACGCUAGACCCGAGCUGUUCCAUCGGCGGAGUAAAGAUGGCUGACCAAGGCGCCGCAGAUCCUGGAAAUAACAACAAUAAUAAACCUGAGUCGUCGGAGGGAACGAUUAUAAAGGUCACAGUGAAAACCCCGAAAGACAAAGAAGAAAUCGCCAUCGCAGAGGAUGCCUCUGUCACUCAGGUAUGAGGAUAACUCAGCUGAUGGUGCUCUCACGUCAUGCCCAUAGCUUCAGCUAGCACGCUAGUUAGCCGUGUUAGCAUUCGUCAUACCGCUUGCCGGCUAACAGAUCGUUUGACGAAUUCAACGGGUUGUGUGUAGUGGGAGUAUUACGGCUUGUUAAAACAGAAGUUCGCCGUUAUUGCUGUUGUUGAGGCUCCAAAGGGAGAUAAAACCACCAGAGUACACCACACGGCUAACCGGUUAGCCGGCUAACGGUGAUAGGAGGCUAGUUAGCUAACUCAGAGCCAAACAAGAGUCAGCUGACGAGGUUUCGGUCUCUCUGCGCCCAGGGUUAGAGCCAUAAGCCAAAAGUGGCACAUUACACCAUGGAGACGGCCUUUCAGAGAGGCUAUGACCCUGUAAUUUUCUGUUCACACUGUGAAAAACAGCUUUCUGUUGGUAAAAUGCUGAAGCGUGCUGUCCCUCUAGAACAUUCUCAGAGCUGGUCCUGAGUCAUUCAGGUUUCUAGGGAAUACUACAGAUCCUCAGGACUACUGUAGUCUUGGAGACGUGUUACAAAGACCCUACAGAGCAAUCAGAGUAGCUCAAUGAAACCAGAGAGUCUCAGCUGAGCCUGUUGCUGGUCAGGAUCCUGUCUGUGGUCUCAGGUCCAACUCAGCAGUUUGUCUUUUGGGGGGGUCGACUCACAGAUGUUCAUCCAGGUCCAGGAGGCUACUCUGAUAUUUGUGUGAACAAUUUUCAAUCUUUAAAAUGAUAAACUUUAUUUAUACAGCAUCUGUGCUUUACAAAUGAGAGGUAAAUAAGUGAAACUGAAAGAAAAACGAGGGGAUAUUUAAAAAGGGCAGUCACAGAAACUAAAUGAAGUUAAAUAGAUUUAAAAUAAAUAGUACCAGCUUAGAGAGGUAAAACCAGCAAAUGGUAAAAGAUUGAAAUGAUUAAAAGAUACAAGACUGCCUGAAAGCAGCAUCCAGGGGAUUAAAACAUUCUCAGGUGACAUCUCCUGUAAAAGCACACCUCUGAAAGUGUUUCAAAGUGAGUGCCCGGGUGCCUGAUGGAGGGCUCUGACAGAAAAGUUAAAUUAGUAGACUGAAAUAGUGCUGAAGCUGAAAGCUAAUAUGAACAGUAACAUCCUUUGUUCUGUGUGUUAUUCUGCGAGUGUUCGCUAGUCUACCAUGGGUACCAUCAAACAAUCUGAUAACAAACAUGUCAGUUAAGUGAAACAAAAAAGUGAGAUUCAAGAAAAAGGACAGGGUGGAAAAGAUCGACUUACAAAACUACUGCGUAUUAAAAAUGUAAAAUACCAAAACACAAGUUACUUUACAAGAAAAAUGUCCUCAGGAAGUGAUUUAGCUGGUUUGUUUGUGGACGUAGCACAACCAGCAUGUUAUCUUGAAAAUAUUUCAUUAUUUGUGUUCUUCUUCCCAUCUUAUCUGUGAUAGUAAUCUGUUGGGCUUUUUCAUCAUAAGUGGCUUAAAUAUGAAUCUUUUUAAGUGAAAGACAAAAAGCAGCGAGAGGACUGAUAAGAUUUUCUGUGCUCAUAAUGUGAGAGUAACAAUGGCCUGGCAGAGUUCAAGUGUUUAGACCUCUGCUAAUAGGAUAAGUACACAGGCCUUGCUUAGAAACUGGAAUUUAAGGCCUUACGGUUGCAAAAGACUGGAAGCCUUUCCAAGCAGCUGCACUGAACUGUAACUGCCUCAUUCAUAUUCUGAAUAUAACACUUUAAUUUCCUGUUUCUUUUCCACCCUAUUUUUCCUCUUAUCAUCGCCUCAUUACCUCCUCUUUUUGUCAUCUCUCCCCUUUUUUAGUUUAAAGAAGAGAUCUCAAGGCGGUUUAAAGCCAAACAGGACCAGUUGGUUCUGAUUUUUGCAGGGAAGAUCUUGAAGGAUGGCGACAGCCUCAGCCAACACGGCAUCAAGGACGGCCUGACAGUUCACCUAGUCAUAAAGACAGCACACAAGUAAGGCAUCUCUUGAUUACGCCUUUAGUCUCUGGUUACAUUUGGAGCGGAUAGAGGUGCUAACUUUGUCAUCACAACCACAAUUAUUCCAACAGGGCAGGUGAUGGCGGUAGCACUUCAGCCUCCAGCUCGACCUCCACUCAAGCAGGCAAUACCUCCACUUCUAGUCCAGGUACCAACCCCCCCUCCACAGCUGGCUCCACUGGCACCGCCCCCCCUCCCACACAGACGCCCAACAUACUGAGUGAGUUUCAUUUACAUCCAAACACUCUGUAUUGGUUCAGCACCUUAAAGAUAGCAUGAGUAACCAUCUGGCCUCCCGUAGCUGGCUUCGGUGACCUGGCUGGCCUCGCUGGGAUGGGCAUGGGCUCGGCUAACUUCAUGGAGCUGCAGCAGCAGAUGCAGAGGCAGCUUAUGUCCAACCCAGAGAUGCUUUCUCAAAUUAUGGAGAACCCGCUGGUGCAGAACAUGAUGUCCAACCCAGACCUGAUGAGGCAGAUGAUCAUGGCCAACCCUCAGAUGCAGCAGCUGAUGGAACGCAACCCUGAGAUCUCCCACAUGCUCAACAACCCUGAGCUCAUGAGACAGGUAAAGGCCGUGGACAGGAAUUUAACAGGAUGAUCUGGUUCCAGUUUAGAAUAAACUUAAAUAAAAUUAAUUUAGGAUAGAGUCUUUUCUGUUAUGCGCUGUUUAAAAGCAUGGAAGUAAAAAAAAGUUUGUUUGCAUAACCCUGUUUAAGGCCAAACCAAAACAGUUAAUUUUCAACUGACCUUACAUAACUUUUGUACUGCAGUGGUUUUUAGGAAUAAGAGUACAGUUGGGGAUACGUGAAGAUAUGACAUUACAUCAGGCAGAGAUACUGCUCUUGGCAGUCACCAACUGAUUUGCAUCACUGAGUUCACAGGGUUAAAUAGAACUCUCACUGACUUGGCUCCUCUCCCCAUUUAUCUUCCACCUCAGACCAUGGAGUUGGCCAGGAACCCGGCCAUGAUGCAGGAAAUGAUGCGGAACCAGGACAGAGCCUUGAGCAACUUGGAGAGCAUCCCAGGAGGUUACAACGCUUUGAGGAGGAUGUACACAGAUAUCCAGGAACCCAUGUUCAGCGCUGCUAGAGAACAGGUAACCUUGUUUGUGUACCCUUUGUCAGAACUCCAUUUGAUUCAGUUACCUUUGUCAUACUUGUACUAACCAGUGUUUUGUGAAAAAUUUAUUUUGACGGUUUCUCUAUUUCCAAAUGUGUCCCAUCUCUCUCCCUGUAGUUUGGAAGCAACCCGUUCUCAGCUCUAGGUGGAAACUCUGAGUCUGGUGCUCAGCCGUCCCGAACAGAGAACCGAGAGCCCUUGCCUAAUCCUUGGGGGCCACCAAAUUCUUCUAACCCCUCUGAGAGUGGAGGGGGCACCACGGGGGGCACAAGCACCACUGGGGGCACCAACCCCAGUGUGUCCAACCCUCUGGGCAUCAAUCCGGGCAGUCUGGGUAAUGGUAAGACAGAGCGGGCCAUUGUUCUCUGCACAUUUGCAUGCUGGGUCAUAAGUUUAUAUGAUCAUGUAGAUUACUUGUGUAAAUGCUCAUAAAUGUUCAAAAAUAAACUCCUUCUGUAACUUUCAGGGAUGUUCAACAGCCCGGGCAUGCAGAGUCUACUUCAGCAGAUCUCAGAAAACCCUCAGCUGAUGCAGAACAUGCUGUCUGCUCCUUACAUGCGCAGUAUGAUGCAGUCACUGGCUCAAAACCCAGAAUUGGCCUCACAGGUAAUCUCACAUGUGAAAUCACACUCACUAAAGAAAAAACUGACUGAAGCAAUAAUGUCACACCGUAAAUUCUUGGGAUUUAGAUAAAACAUAAUCAGAAAGUCUUUCUUGCGUAUAUGUUUUUUUUCAACUGUAUAUAUUGAACACUUUGUUGUCAUUAACAGAAGGAUAUAUGCAGGUCUGCUGUGCAUUUGACUAAUAAGGCCAACUAUUUAGUACACAGUCAGAGUGGAUUGUCUGUAAAGCUCCUUUGCAUUUGUAUUUAAACCUUAAAGAAUAAAGUCAGGGUAAGUCAGACCACUAAUGCACAGGAGUGACUUUUAGGAAACUAAAGAAAACCCCAUACAUUAGAGAAUCGCACAAACACUGACACGGUUAAAAGACAUUUUUGCAGGGAGUUUUUUUUUUUUUUCCUGGGAUUACGUGGACCGACUUGAACCGUCCCUCUUUCUCUGCCCUCACCAGGUUUUGAUGAAUAACCCCUUGUUUGCUGGAAACCCACAGUUGCAGGAACAGUUCAGAGCUCAGUUACCCAUCUUUCUGCAGCAGGUACCAUCAUACUUGAGUUUCAUGAAUCCAUCUUGGUUUCUCAGGUUGUGUAUUUUUCAAACGACACACAAGAACGAGAAAAACAAGAAGGUUACUGAUUGGCCCGUAGGGGGCAAUAUACUCCAAUAGACCUUGACCCUGGUGUUGUGAAACUGAACACUCCUCUGUAUCUGCACAUGCUGAACACUGAUCUGAGAGGACAGGAUCUUUUGCAGUCAUUUCAGGUUUUUGAACUGGCUGUAGUGUUAGAAAAAGGAUCAGUAUCAUGUUAUAAAUUGUAAACUUUGUGAGUUACCUCUUUUUUAAUGUCUAAGGUCAUCAAAAUUUAUAUCCACUAAUUGUCAAAACAAGUUCUAGUAGAAUGAAAAAUGAUCCUGUUAGAACAACAAACCACACGAGCCAUAAUGAGAUAUUGCUUUUUUUUAAUGAGGUUUGGCAAUAAAACAUUUUUGUAAUCUGUUUCAGUAAAAGUGCAAAAUGAGAUGAUAUUUGUUUUUUUUUGUUUUUUUAUUAAUUGAUUGAUCUUAUUGGAUUUAGAUGCAGAACCCAGAAGCCCUGUCAGUGAUGACUAAUCCCCGGGCCAUGCAGGCCCUAAUGCAGAUUCAACAGGGUCUACAGACGUUGCAGACAGAAGCACCGGGCCUCAUGCCCAGGUUUGCCCCCACAAAUUGACAUACACAUGUUGGAGAUGGAGAAGGAUUCCUUUCUGAUUACGCUUUUGUCUUUUUUUUUUGAUCCAGUUUGAUGUCAGGUGGAGUUCCUGGCAUGCCAGCUGGUGGAGUUCCUGGCAUGCCGACUGGUGGAGUUCCUGGCAUGCCCACAGGAGGGGGUCUACCCACAGAGAACCCAGCUUCCUCCCCCAGCAGUGCAGGAACAAACACUGCCCAGCAGCAGCUGAUGCAACAGAUGCUCCAGAUGUUUGCCGGAGGAGCUGGCGGAGGAAGUGCAACGGUACCAUAUAUACACAUAAUCUGAUAUGACAUGCACCACACCUUGUAUGAAUGUUUCUUCAGAAUCAGACUUCACAUGUAAAGCUCUGUGUGCCACACAGUGCUGUAUGUCAAUAUAAAUACUCAGUGAAAACUCAAAACAGAACAGAAAAACUACAAAAAUAGACGUCAUGAACGGGAAAAACUACAAAAAUAGACGUCAUGAACGGGAUAAUAAAAAGACAAUAAGACAAUUAUCACAAAAAUAAAUGAAUUUAUCAAAGACAAGAUGAUGCUUUGAUUUGUGGCUAAAUCAAACGUCAUGUUUAGUUUCUUUUAACCCUCUGAUGUAGAUUAAUAGAGAUUGCUGUGAGUUUUUGCGUUCAUUGACCGAUGACCAAAACUGGAUUUUUGUUCUGGUCGAGCUGUAAAACAGUUCUGCUCUCCAUGACUUCAUGUCUAGAAAAUGAUUGCAAAGGGCAUAAUUUUACUAGAGGACACGUCAGUGCAGUGCAGGGUGUCAUCUGCAUAGUUGUUGAUACCAUGCACCUCAUGGUGACAUCUCCAAGAGAUACUGUAGAAAGAUUAAAAAGUUGAGGACCCUAGAAAAGAACCGUGGAGAACACAAUAGUUUAUUCGGUAACAACCUUGAUGAGCAUUAACCCAACUUCACAUAAAAUUCUCUCAGUUAAUAUUCAAAACGGUGAAGUAAAAAGCUUCACAAGAGCAGAAGCUUUUGACUCAUGCAGUCUUUUUGCUGUGCUUUGUACAAAACAGCUUGUUUGAUUUCAUCAAUUAUGAAAGAUUUCAUCAAACAAUUCAACUUAUUAAAAAAGAAUUAAGCUCUUAUUAUCCUCCCUACUUCUAGACCCAGACCCCUGAGGUGAGGUUCCAGUCCCAGCUGGACCAGCUGAGCGCCAUGGGCUUCAUUAACCGUGAGGCCAACCUGCAGGCCCUCAUCGCUACUGGAGGAGACAUCAACGCCGCCAUCGAGAGACUGCUGGGCUCACAGCCCUCUUAAAGACAUACAGUACAUCUGACACACAGGCACGUGCAUACAUAACCUGACUCAUCAACACACCCAGCAUCUCCAGAGAUCCAAGAGAAAUUAAAGUGUAUCGUCCCAAACUUUUCAGAAGAAACUUGGGCAGAAACUCAUUCAACAUCGGUUUUCAGAUCAUUCCCCAGCCCCCAAACUUUGCUUGAUUUUCGUCAUCCAACCAGAUCUCUGUCUCAGAGUGCUCCUGCAGAGCCGGACUGAACCACUCUCAACUCCAGGGGUUUUCUGGUGCAGAGAAAAGAAGCAAAACCCCUCAUGUUAAAGGAUUCCCAACCAUUCUUCAUUUGUUGUUUCUUUUUUUUUUCAUUAAACUGGAGUCUAGUGUUGCAGACAGACAUUUACAUAAUACAGAUUUAAUCCAAGCAAUGUGAUUGGUUGUCGGCUCUGUUCCUUAUGACAGUUUGUUAGCAUUGAACCAGCAGUUCAAUACGUAAGAGUAUCUUGAUAAGCAGACAGUAGACAGUGCUGUUUAAGAGUUGGAGGCUAUCUGUCCAUACAGAUGUUCAUCCUCAUUAUUCCUUUUUUCACCAUUUUUGACACUUGACAGGAUUAGCAGGUUUUGCCCAAUAACUUUCACUAUUUAUUGCAAGUGCUUGAGAAAACGACUCCCUCAACUUUACCCUGAACUUAUAAUUUGUCAUUCCAAACAAAAGUGCCCACUCACAGGUGCACAGUGUCUUUUCCUCCUGAGGCACCACUGCUGUGCCUUGUGUCCUUUCCUGCCCUAACAGAGCAUUGUUGGAGAAAUUACAGCCCCCACGCACUCAGUUCAUUAGAGACAAUGAUGAAUUGUUCACAGCAUCAUCCUGAACUGUAAACAUAGUCAAAUAUCACAUCCUAGCAGCUCUGAAACAAAGGAUGAUGUUGAAAUGAACAUGAAUGAAACAAGCUUUCCUUUCAUUUUAAUCUGAUUCUCUUUUAUUCUGUUAUUCUUGUUUUGAGGUGCAGUUAGUACCUAGAGAUCAUUUUGAUUUGUCUCGCAUAAAAUAAACGUGGAAAUCAAUUAAGUAAAGAAGUGAAUAAAUACUGGAAAGGCUUUACGACCGAUUGUGGUGUGUUGGCACCAUACGUUUCUAAAAUCAAGUUAUAGGUUGUCUUAUUAUUUUUUUCUUUUGGAAAUCUCAACAUUGUAGUUGUGGUAACCUUGGCAACUGCUUCUAUAGCUUUGCUUUGUCUGUUGACCUCAGCUGAAAGAAAAUUCCAUCACCCGAUUGAACAUGUUGGAACUAACUUUUAACAGUACUGUACUAAAAAAAUAAAACAUGGUCAAAAACUGUUGAUGCUCUGUGUCGGUUAAUUGUAGUGUUUUCACGAUGCUGAUGGGACACUGCAAAAUUACCUCUCUGACUUUAAACUUAUCCAGAUAUCUGAACCUCGGACUAAACAAACUUGGACUGUUUCUGCUUUGAUUGAUUGUACAUUGAGGAGUUUUAAAGAUCCAAGCCUAUAUCCUCUUCUUUAACGACAAGUCUGUGAGGUGACCAAACAGAGCACCUGAAACACGUUUCUGACAUUAUUUUGAAAUACCACCCCCUGGUGUUAAGGAUCUGUAAUGUUACCUACAUUUGGCGUGGGUGUAUAGGUUUAAUACAUUCUGCAUUUUUAGCUUUUGUAUCAUCAGAACUCGACCAAUAAAUAAGUCUAUGUCAGUAAUCAGGCCCAUUGAUUGCAUUUUGAAAUAAUCAGCAGCAGUUCAGGCUGAUCCAAAGUAAAUUAACUAAUUAUACUAACAAUUAUGAUGACUACAGAUGGCUGGACAGAAAUCCAGAGGUCCAUUGUUGUACUGCCAUACUGUGCAAAUACCAAAUAUUUGUUUGUACUAAAAGGGUUGAUGUAAUUGUUAUUUCAGGAUGUAAAUAAAAGUAAAUGAAGUGUCAGACAAAAAAAUAAAAAACGUCAAAAAUUA